GAAGAAGCUGAUGCGGAAUACGUGAGAAAUGUAUAUGCGCGGUUUGAUGCAUUGGGUGGCGUUCCAGGGGAUGGGUUUGAAGAAGGUGUCGAACGUACCCGUGCCAGACUUCCUAGUGCCGUGGGAGUCACGUACUCCGACGAGGUGGGCGUUGUCAAAGGAGCCAACAUUUCUGAAAGGGAAGAGCAACGGCUACGUAACGUGGACCGCUAUGGGUUCUUCACUGACUCCAAGUCGUCCCAUCAUGACUCACGGCUAACUCUGCUUCCAACCGCCCCUUUCACCCGGAGGAUUAAACGUCUGAGCCCAUCCGCUCCCCGACUGCCGCUAACCAAUCCCCUAACCCCCCGGAAUUUAGAGUGAUACCCCCUCCUAAGCCCCCUACCCGCGAAGCAACUAGGCUUGACAAGUGGAACAAAAUGAUGCGUCCCAAAAAGAGGGGACCUGGUGAAAACGUCGAAACGUGGACACCCGAUGGGCAGGGAACGACACCAGAGAAGUUCCGACAGCGAGUAUGGAAAGGGAUUUCUGACCGAUGGCGGCCUGCUGCAUGGCAACUAUUAAUUGACCGCCUGCGUGUUGGUUCUCCUGAGGAUCAUGGUACCUUUACAGAUAUGUCACAGGAAAGCAUUGAUGUUCCAUCUAAGCACGACGUCCAGAUAGAUCUGGACGUUCCUCGAACCGUGAAUAAUCAUAUCCUCUUCCAUACCAGAUAUGGCCAAGGGCAACGUUCGCUCUUUCAUAUUCUACACUGUUUCUCGUUACAAUGCUCGACAUGCGAGUACUGUCAAGGAAUGGGGUCAAUCGCAGCCACUUUCUUAUUCUACUUGGAUCCUGAGCGCUCUUAUGUGUCCUUGGUUCGACUUCACGAUGCAUACAACAUGCACUCCAUUUUCAGCCCUGGUUUCCCGGGGCUGCUGGAAAACAUCUACGUUCAAGAGCGUCUCCUGGAAACUCUGAUGCCGGGGGUCUAUCAAUCCUUCAAAAACAACGUGGUUUCUUCUACUUCCUAUGCGACGAAAUGGUAUAUUACAUUAUUUACUAAUUCAUUUCCACAUCAAAUGCAACUGCGCAUAUGGGAUGUCUUCCUCCUGGAGGGGCAAGACAUCAUCGUGCUGUUCGGUAUCGCUAUCAUCUGGGCUCUCAAGGACUAUCUCGCCUCUCCCCAGGCAUCGUUCGAGAGCAUUCUUUCUCUCGUUUCAUCUUUUUUUGUUCCAGAGGAUGAAGAUGCUGUAGUAUCAUGGGUGCACAAGCUGAGUGAGACCAAAGGUUUGCGCUCAUCAAUGUCCGUGUGGAGAACCGAUUGGAGAGCCUUGGUUGCUUCUGGUAAAGAUCGCACUGCGCUCAUUUGAAGAGUGUUCAGCAUGCACUUGGACAUGUUGAAAUCAUUUACACCCCCACUGUCCUUUGCUGGUUUUUUUUUCCUUUCCUUAUUGGACUCGACUGAGUGCCGGUUGUCCCUUGUUCAUCUCACUCCCACUUCAUCUCAAUUCCGCACCACAUAUACCUGCAAGUACAUAUCAUAAUCAUCAACGCGAUUACACAGAACGUGUUGUUCUAAUCUUAACGAGAAUUGCCUCAUCCGAAACGCCCAUCAUUACUUCUACUCGUUCGAUUGACACAACUCCUCCGCUUUGCGCAACCCAUCCUGCGACAAAGACAUUCUCUCCGU